ACCACUGAUAGCCCUGGGUAUAAAACCCUACAGCAGGCCACAAGCACUGCAUUCGAGCAAACGUGUAAAGGAGGUUGAAUCUCAAUAAGAAGGGACUCUGCAGGAGAUAGAGUUUUCAGGACGCAGUUCAUCUACAGCUAUCAUUAAGAUGCCAGAAAAAAUCAGCCAGCCCAUGGAGGAGGAGGUGGAGACCUUUGCCUUUCAGGCAGAGAUUGCCCAGCUGAUGUCUCUGAUCAUCAACACCUUCUACUCCAAUAAGGAGAUCUUUCUCAGAGAGCUUAUCUCUAACUCAUCAGAUGCUUUGGACAAAAUCAGAUAUGAGAGUUUGACGGACCCCAGCAGGCUGGAAUCCUGCAAGGACCUGAAGAUUGAUAUCAUUCCUGACCAGGUUGCUCGCACCCUCACCAUAAUUGACACUGGCAUUGGGAUGACCAAGGCCGACCUCAUCAACAACUUGGGCACUAUUGCCAAGUCUGGGACCAAAGCCUUCAUGGAAGCCCUGCAAGCUGGUGCUGACAUUUCCAUGAUUGGACAGUUUGGUGUGGGCUUCUACUCGGCCUACCUGGUGGCUGAGAAGGUGACUGUCAUCACCAAGCACAAUGACGAUGAGCAGUAUGUUUGGGAGUCUGCGGCUGGAGGGUCUUUCACUGUCAAAGCUGAGCAUGGUGAAGUCAUUAAGCGAGGCACCAAAGUCAUCCUUCAUCUGAAGGAGGACCAGUCAGAGUAUGUGGAAGAGAAGCGGAUCAAGGAAGUUGUGAAGAAACAUUCCCAGUUCAUUGGUUACCCAAUUACACUCUUUGUGGAAAAGCAAAGGGAGAAGGAGGUUGACUUGGAGGAGAGUGAAAAUGUGGAAGAAGUUGAAAAGGAUGCAUCUCCUGAAGAGGACAAGGAUAAGCCCAAAAUUGAGGACGUGGGCUCUGAUGAGGAUGAAGACACCAAAAAAGGAGAGAACAAGAGAAAGAAGAAGAUUAAGGAGAAAUACAUUGAUGCCCAAGAGCUGAACAAGACCAAGCCCAUCUGGACGCGUAACCCAGACGACAUCACCAAUGAGGAGUAUGGCGAGUUCUACAAAAGCUUAUCCAAUGACUGGGAGGACCACCUGGCUGUGAAGCACUUUUCAGUGGAAGGGCAGCUUGAGUUCCGUGCGCUGCUCUUUGUUCCCAGAAGGGCUUCCUUUGACCUUUUUGAAAACAAGAAGAGGAGGAAUAAUAUUAAGUUAUACGUGCGCAGGGUCUUCAUCAUGGACAACUGCGAAGAGCUCAUGCCUGAGUACCUCAAUUUCAUCAAAGGUGUUGUGGACUCUGAGGACCUCCCUCUGAACAUCUCCAGAGAGAUGCUGCAGCAGAGUAAGAUCCUGAAGGUGAUCCGCAAGAACCUGGUGAAGAAGUGCCUGGAGCUCUUCACUGAGCUGUCCGAGGACAAGGACAACUACAAGAAAUAUUAUGAGCAGUUCUCCAAGAACAUCAAGCUGGGCAUUCAUGAAGAUUCCCAAAAUCGCAAGAAGCUGUCUGAGAUGCUACGUUACUACACCUCCAGUUCCGCAGAUGAAAUGGUAUCACUUAAGGAUUAUGUAUCCCGUAUGAAGGACAACCAAAAGCACAUCUAUUACAUUACAGGGGAAACAAAGGAGCAGGUGGCCAACUCUGCUUUUGUGGAGCGUCUGCGCAAGGCAGGUCUUGAGGUGAUCUACAUGAUCGAGCCCAUUGAUGAAUACUGUGUCCAGCAGCUGAAGGAGUAUGAUGGAAAGAACCUGGUGUCAGUCACAAAAGAGGGUUUGGAACUUCCUGAGGAUGAGGAGGAGAAGAAGAAACAGGAAGAACUUAAGAGCAAGUUUGAGAACCUCUGCAAGGUCAUGAAGGACAUCUUGGAAAAAAAGAUUGAGAAGGUGGUCGUCUCCAACCGCCUUGUUUCCUCUCCAUGCUGCAUUGUCACCAGCACCUACGGCUGGACUGCCAACAUGGAGAGGAUCAUGAAGUCUCAAGCCCUUAGAGACAACUCCACUAUGGGCUACAUGACAGCUAAGAAACAUCUCGAAAUCAACCCCCUGCACCCAAUCGUCGAGACCCUUAGGGAGAAGGCAGAAGUCGAUAAAAAUGACAAGGCGGUGAAAGACCUGGUCAUCCUGCUCUUUGAGACGGCUUUGUUGUCCUCAGGCUUCACGUUGGAGGAUCCUCAGACACAUGCUAACCGUAUCUAUAGGAUGAUUAAACUCGGCCUGGGAAUCGACGACGAUGACACAAUUGUGGAGGAUCUUUCUCAGCCCAGUGAGGAGGACAUGCCUGUUUUGGAGGGAGAAGACGACACCUCACGGAUGGAGGAAGUUGAUUGAAAGUAAAAUUGAAAAGAAAGAAAGUUGUUUUUCUUUUUUUAACUAGUCAAUUUUGCCCAUUUCUAAUUAAUUACCAAAUAAUUUAGUGCCCAAGUGAACAUAUAGACCUUUAAUAUUCAUCCAUGAUUUGAUGGCAUGCUUCCCACGUGGAAAGGAAAUGUUUAAUUUUUUCUAGGCUAAAUUUUAGAUACAUUUUGCAUGAAAAAAAUGACAUGUGAUUUCAUAUCCAGGGAGCAUUUUAUAUCUAACAUAUUAAGAUUUAUAAAUAAAGUUGUUUAUAUACA